AUGGGCACGCAUAUAUAUAUAUAUAUGGAGAAUUAUACGAUACAUUAGUAGUGGUACGACGUCUUGUAUUAUAUAUAUUUCUGGCAGUUCGCGUUAAAUUAAGGUAUCAGGAUCUGAUUAACCAAAAGCUAUAUUUAUUAUUUAAGAAAAUAUAUUCACCUAAACCUCUUCAUCAAGAAGCGGAUUUCCUUCUAGAAAGUCAACGAUGUUCUUAGACAACUGCGCUUCAUUUAAUUACCUAAAAUGCCACUCGCUUCCCCGAGAGCUUCUCCUACAUAUACACGCACAAACGUCUCUUUCAUGGAAGACAAAUACAAAACGCCAUUGAAGAAGCCUCGCGCUCUUUUCAUUCCUCAACUGUAAACCCUUGGGAGAGAGAGACAGAUUAUCCCGAGCUUUAGAUGGAGAGAAACGAUGAUUCAAGUGCGUUUUGUCCCAGCUUCAGCAGCUACUCCGGUGAUCGCCACACGGAAGUCGCCGAUCGAGUUGGCCGCGAAGUCGUCGGAGAAUCGGAUGAUUGUCGGAUGGAGAAAAGCAGAGUCGUUGAAUGCGAAGGAGAUAAUGAUGAUGAUGUCGAGUUUGAGUUCGUCGAUCUCCGGACUGACCCUGACACGGCGGCGGCUUCUGCAUACGGCGGACUACUUUUCCCGGUUUUUGAUCAGAAUCUCAUCUCGGAUAGCUACGGCGUCGGAUCUGAUGGUGGAAACAGUGAGGAUUCGGCGGCGACGGUUACGAAUUCGGUGAGAGAUUUGUUCCGACGCGACCGCGACGAUCCAGCCACUCAACCGCCGCCGCAGUCAUCGUCGUCAUCGUCGUCGGAUGAUGAAUUGGAGGGAAUCCCGAACGAGAUCUAUUGUCCAUGGAAGCCGGCGAGAUCAACGGCUGUGAUGUCUCCGAGCAGAUGCUGCAAAAAGAGCAAUUCCACAGGAUCAUCGUCGACAUCGACCUGGUCGGUCAAACGGUGGAGAAUCAGGGAUCUGCUGAGGAGAAGCCGCAGCGAUGGGAGACAUUCAAUGGUAUUCCUAAAUUCAAAAACAGUUAACGAAAACGAGAGAGGAAUCCGAAACGAGGAAUAUUCGAAGAAGGAGAAGGUUUCAGCACAUGAAAAGUUUUACCUGAGGAACAGGGCGAUCAAGGAGGUGGAAAGGAGAAAAUCGUACCUCCCUUACAAGCAACAUCUGUUUGGGCUUUAGGCCAUCGCAUUUGGGCCUCAAGCUGGUACUAGACUUGAUAAUGGGCCUGAACUUGGGCCUUUGACUUGAUCAGAAUGCGAAGAUUCCCAACACAGUCGUUUGAAGAAUUACGGAGUUGCCAUUUCAUAUAGCUAGUUUUUUUUUUUUUUUUCAAUCGGGGUUUUCCCUCUGUAAUCCUAAAAUAUUAAAAAGAGGAAUAAUCCAGUAACG